AUGCCGGGCUCUAUCGCUGUGAUCGGUUCUUUGAACAUCGACUUCAUCACUCGCACCCCUCGUGUGCCUGCAGGAGGUGAAACUCUUGAGGCCAGCUCUUCAGACACCGGUUUUGGUGGUAAGGGUGCGAACCAAGCUGUAGCAUGUGCUAGAUUAUCUCGCAACAGUGAUGGCUCGACACCAGUCGCUAGCACACCCAUCAAGGUCAGCAUGGUUGGCUUUGUCGGCGAAGACUCAUUUGGCUCAGACUUCAUUGCUGCCAUGAAAGAAACUUUCAUCGAUACAACUCACAUUCAGAAAGUUACUGGACAGAAGACGGGGAUUGCCAACAUUAUUGUCGAAGAAAAGACAGGAGAGAACCGCAUUCUCUUCUGCCCAAAUGCAAACUUUGCUGGAGGUGACGAGGCCAAAGAUUUGAUACCCGAGGAUGCAGAUGUUGUGGUCUUCCAGUUGGAGAUGCCGCUCGCCCAGGUAGUGCACAACAUCAAGCUUGCACACUCGAAGGGCAAAUAUGUUAUCAUGAACCCAGCACCCGCUCAGAAGCUGCCAGAAGACCUUUAUCAGUAUAUUGACUGCUUGAUCAUGAAUGAGAGCGAAGCCGAUAUCCUGCGCGAAGCCAAGGAGGAGUUGAAAGAUGAUGAUCUUCCUCAGAUCUGUGAAGACUUCUUCAGACGUGGUGUUCCAGAUAUGGUUGUCAUCACCCUCGGAGCUAAGGGCGUUUACCACUCUGCCAAGUCAAGAACUUCGGGACACACACCUGGUCGCAAAGCAAAGGUUGUCGACACUACCGCUGCUGGAGACACAUUUGUUGGAGGUCUAGCUGUCGAAAUCGCAAAGAAUGGAGGCAAGACACCUGAAGCGCCUGCAAAGAUGAUCGAGUUCGCCAAUUCGGCUGCGGCGCGCACAGUGGAGAAGCCUGGAGCCAUGUCUGCAAUUCCCUGGUUCAACGAGCUAUGA